CGGCUCUGCUGUAUGUCCGGCUAGGAAAGCCAGCUGAUCCUUGCACAUCUUCCUCGCCUUUCCUACCCAAGCACGCCAACAAGGGAACACCAGUCACCGUUAUCACCACCACCAGCAAGAAGACCGGCCUCGACCAUGCCGCAAGUCCACGCAUUUGAGCAUCUGCCCUACCUCGUUGAGGAGGCGCACGAACGACGCCAACGCGAGGAAGAGAAGCAGAAAGCACGGCGUAAGCGACGCAGGCGCUUCCUCGUCUUCCUCUGCGUUGGAAUGAUCGCGCUCUGUGCCGUCAUUGCCAUCCCCGUCGUGCUGGUGACAGAGCCAACGGCCUCUACCACAGGUGCCGCCAAGGGCAACAACAACAACCCCAACGCGGCCUUUUCGCCCACGCGCACAUGCCAGGAGCAGGCUCAAGAUUGCGUCGACCAGCAUGCCAAGGACACAAACAUUACCUCCUUCAUCACCUGCGCCACCGCCGACGGGCAUCACACGACGCUGGCUUUGGUUGAGUUUGGCCUAUGCAUGGCCGAGUGUACGGGACAACCGUGCAAGAACUCAAGGGCACCCACCACCACUCGUGGAACCCUCCAAUGCUGGCAAGAUGCGCACUGAUCACGGCCGA